AUGGACCUCACUGCAGCGCAACUUCGCACCUUGACUACUGUCGAACGUGUUGCAUCGACUCUCUCCAUCCUGGGAGUUAUCACGAUCAUCGGCACAUUUGCCCAUUCGCGGCAUUUUCGCAAUCCAAUGCACCGGCUGAUCUUUAUCAAUGCAUUUUAUAACCUGUUUGAUUUUAUUGCAACGAUGAUCGCGACAAGUGGGCCCGCGGCAGGCAACCACUCGCGCUUGUGUCAGUUUCAGGGCUUUUGUCUCCAGAUGUUUCCUAUGGCAGAUGUCCUUUGGACUCUUGCGAUGGCCUGCGACGUUUUCCUAGUAGUCUACUAUCAAUUCGACGUGCGGGCCUUGCGCAAGCUUGAGAUAUGGUAUAUAGCCAUCAUUACAUCCCUUGUGUCUAUUCCUGCGAUCGUCUUUUUAUUUAUCCAUACACCCGAGAAAGGGCCCAUGUACGGUGGCGCAACUCUCUGGUGUUCGAUAUCUCCCGAGUGGGUUGUCUUCCGAGUCGUGUUCUACUACGGACCGAUAUGGUUCCUCAUCCUGAUCGUGUUACUUUUCUACAUCCUCGUCGGCAUCAAAGUAGUCAAAUUGCGCCACCAGUUCAAUAUCUCCCAUACGGACCACAUCGCUCUCUCGUCCAACAUUUCCAACAACAAUCCGGCCUUUGACCAGCCCAGAAACACCGUCGCUGUCACCGUCCAAAUUGACAUUCAAUCCCAGCCCGCCGCCCAUGAUUCUUCCUCCCCGAGCGAGCCAAAGCCCCACCCAUCGCGCAACGACCCCUCCUCCCACAACGUCAACCCAGGGCAGAAACGAUCCAAACAUACCAACGUAUCGUUCAGACAAUACAUUCUCAUGCCAAUGGUCUUCUUCCUUGUCCUGCUGGCCACAUGGGUUGCCCCGACGAUCAAUCGAUUAUCUGCCCUUGUAGACCCGAGCCAUGUUUCGUAUCCCCUGCUGCUGGCUGUCGGGGCAAUGGGAUCGCUGAGAGGGUUUUGGAACGGGGUGGUCUUUAUCACGCUGGGGAUGAAGGGCUGGAAGCGAGAGAUGCAGCUGAAGUUGAUUGAAGCUUGA